AUGAGUUCCCCGGAAGAUGAGGACAAAGCUGAGGUGACAUUGUGUGGAGUGAAUGUGGGCCCCAGGAGUGAGGAGCCGGUCAGGUUUUUGAGAACAGGCCCCAGAGUCCCACCCACACCCGGCCUAGGCGUAGGCCAGACGGUGCCCCCAAGGGGCAGCACGGAGGGAGGGUUCCAGGGCCCCCGGGCUUCCGACUAUGGGUCCCAACUGAUGGCAGUGGGAGAAGCAGUGCUUUGUGACCCAGAAGGCCUUCUUGGCAUCACUGCGCUCCGUGGUGAUGACAUCAGGGAUGAGGAGCGUCCUGACCUGAUGGCCCUAAUGCCCACGUUUACCGAGGAGUCCGAGGCAGCCAGGGAGCCGCCGCCGGUGCUCCACCAAGAGCCACGGGAUGUCCGCAGAAACCCAUCCCCAGUGAGCUGCUGGGAUGAGAACUCCGCCCGUUGGCAGGGGCUCAAUUCAGUGGUCUGUGCUAGGCCCCCAUUCCCUCCUGACCUAGUAGAAGUGCAUCCGGCCGCUGCCAGCUCUCGCAGCCUCAGUGGGCCCAAGGGAGGCCAAGAUGGGAGGCUGACUAGGAGAGGCUCUAGGGGCCGGUUGAAUGUGCCGAAGGCCCUUCUGCAGAGGGCCCCUUCUGCAGAAGGCCUGACCAAGCUGGCUUCUGAACUUGACUCGCCAGAUGACUUCAAUGAGGCCCAGAGGGCGAGAGAAGGGAGAGGGGCCACCAAGGGCGGGGCCUCCAGGGAAAGGGGCCCAACUAGCACCCGGAGCCCUGACAAUUCUAGAGAUGCGCACAGGCGCGCCAAGUUCCCUGGUCGGGAGAACUUGUUUUACAUGCAAGGGUCCAUGCCUCCCUCCCCUCCGCGAAGAGUGCCCGUACCUCUGGAGAGGCAGGCUGCAGGAGGUCGGGAAACCUCUCCUGGCAAGAACUGGCUGAAUGUGGUUGUGGGGAAGGGACGGGGCAGGCCCAGCUACUCUGGAGUGUCCCUAGAAACCAGCCUGCCGCUAGGCACUUCUAGGAGUGCGAUCCAAGAGAAGAAAUCCCUCGGGGCUCCCUCCAAAUUGGCCCUGGGGAGGUCCGGUCCUUCCUGGGCACAGAGAGCGUCAGCAGCUGCUCCAGAGUCUUCCACAUUCCCACCAAUUCCUGGUGCCAAAACGCUUGGGAGGUCUGAGCGGCAUUCCUUGCUGCCUCUGCCAAGCAAGCAGCCUAAGCACACUUGUACCAGUGGCAAGAAAUCUGUGGCCAGGAAGCCAAGAGAGUGUGAGCAGUUGGCCAGAGAUGAUGACUCGAAGAGAGAGACAUCUCCCAAGGGCCAGAUCCAGACAAGCAAGCCAAAGCAAUCUGGCCAGAGCAUGCGUUUUGCAGAAGGCAGCAGCGGCAGCCUCAGCGCUAGAGCUCAGCGAGCUCCAGGGAACCCUCAGGCCUUGGUUCUGAGCCAAGGAGACAUCAGCAUCAGACGACCUGCUCGCUCAGGUGAGUUUGUGGGUUUGCUAGCAGUGGAAGAAGGCGCGGGGGAGAGGGAAAAUGCUGCCUCUGUGCUUGUGGGGGAUCUCAGCCUUGCCUACCUUGGAAGUGUGCUGACGGGAACCGAGAUUCGCAGAGGACAGCGUGCAGCCCCGUCAUCCUUCCCCUGGGCUGAGUGGCCAGGGUGUUCUGUAGCAGUGUCGCUCACUGCAGCUGGCAUGUGGACUUUCAGGGGGAACCGAGCCUUUCCUGUGAAGUAA